CAUUGUAUUACAUUGAAUUGUGCUUAGUACCACUACCGACAAGGAAAAAUUUAGUUACGAAAUAUUAUAAAGUAUUAAAAAGUGUGUAGGAUGUAAAUUUUCGCUAUAUAAUGAAUUGUAUAUUAAUAUGUUAAACGAUUAUUUUUGGAUACGUACUCUAUAUAUAAUCACGUAUAUUAAAAGCUUAUAAAGCAAGAAAUUUUUAUGGUUGGCUUAUAUGAUUGGUGUUUAUACACCACGAACCGAAUGUGAAUCAAAACUUCUUCGUUAUAUAAAUAUAUAUGCUUAUCUUUGUUCCAUUAAAACAGUAAAAAAUGAGUUCUGGGUUCAUAUCAGAAGCUGAAAUAGCAGAGCAAAGGAGAAUAAGGCAAGAAGAAUGGGACCGUGUACGAACAGCUGACCAACCUUUAGAACCUCCUGAAGAAUCAUAUGAUCCUAGGUCUUUGUACGAAAGGUUGCAAGAACAAAAAAACAAAAGAGAUGCAGAAUAUGAAGAAGCGCAUAAACUUAAAAAUAUGAUAAAAGGAUUGGAUGAUGAUGAAGUGGAAUUUUUAGAUUUGGUUGAUAGAACUAAAUUAGAGGAAGAACGUAAAAAAAAUCUUGAAGAAGAAAAAGAAAUGCGUGACUUCAAAGCUGCUGUUGCUUCAUUACAAGAAAAGUCAUUAGAUGAAAGAUUAAAACAAGAAUUAAAAAACCAGAUUAUCAACAAGAAUAUUUGUAGUAGCAGUGGUCGUAAUUCACAGUUAAAACUAUUGGCAGGUGUAGUUGUGAAAAAAUCAGAAAAACCAAAGUUAAGUGAAAACAAGGGUGUCAAAAGAAAAUUGUCUUCACCAGAACCAGAUAAAUCUUUAACAAAGGAAGAUGAUUCUCAUUUACAAUAUCCACAGAUACUAAAUGCAGAAUCAAAAUAUGUGCUUGUGGAAAACAAAAAUUCAUGCUUAUCUAACACAAUGAUAAAUCAUACAGGAGGAAUGAAAUGUAUUGGUAUUUUACCAGGACUUGGUUCUUAUGAUGAUUCGAGCGAUAGUGACUGUAGUUCGGAUACUGAUCAAGAUCCAGAGUUAAAUCAAUCUAAAUAUGAUCUUUUAGGACGUAAAAUAGAAGCUGCGAAAGAUAAGGAGAAAAGCUGAAUGGAAAAUAUAAGUAAAUUUUUUUUUUUUUUUUUUUUUUUUUUCUUUUUUUUUUUUUUUCAAAUAAUAAAAUGAGUGGCAUUUUAUUGUAACUAGUUGUGAAAUCAGAAAAUAUAAUCAUAACUUAAAUUUUUAAUUUUGAAAAUAUUAAAGUUCCAAUAUAUGAUGCGUGGAUAUAUAAAAAUUGAAUUAUUCUCAUAAAAAAAUUGUGUGAUUUUUAUUUUUAUUUUAGCUAUAUAUUAUAUGUUAACACAAUAAGAUUAAUUAAAGAAUGAACAAUGUAAUUAUAUAGGGGUAUAAAUGUAUGAAGCAAAGACGACCAAAAAAUUUACAUUCCUAUACAAUCGAUAAAUGGUUCUAAUCUACA